UAGGGUAUCUCCAGGGUAUUGAGCCACGUGUUCUCGCUUGACCAAAUCAACGAAAUUAACAGAUUUUGAAUUUGCUAAAAAUGGAGAAACUCAGUUCUGUCCAUCCCUUGUUGUACAUUUUUAGCAUCCUCUCCUGGGUUUACUCUGGAUCAUCAACGCAUUAUUUGAGCCCCAAAAGAGCCAUUUUAAGUGUGGGUCUUUUGGGCUAUCAGGCUUCUGGGGUUAAAACUUAUUUCUACAUCGCAUUUUCACUUCUCAUGUCGGAAUCCGUAUAAUAAAAUCCACACAAACGAGAGAAGGUCGGAGCAGAGUCAGGGAAACAAGAUGUUUGGAGAAGACAACAGCAUUCCACGAUCCAAAUUCGGCGGCAACAUGGCACAUUCCGACCCCAACAUUUCGACCACCGUAAUCGAAGACGAUUUCGCCAUGAGAAACAGCAGUGCUUCUGUGGGCGGCCAAGCCUUUUACGACCAGGGUCGUUUGAGUGGUGAAGGCUCUCCAAUGACAAUGUCGCCCUGGAACCAGACCUCUACGUUCGGUAAAUCUUCAUGGUCCCAAGUGGAGGAAAACAACGACCCACAAAAUGCCUUAAUUGGCUCGCUAACCCGUGAGGAGGGCCACAUCUAUUCCUUGGCCGCUUCAGGGGAGCUUCUCUACACUGGCUCUGACAGCAAGAACAUCCGAGUUUGGAAGAAUUUGAAGGAAUACGCUGCAUUUAAGUCCAGCAGUGGGUUGGUGAAAGCCAUUAUCAUCUCGGGUGAGAGGAUUUUCACGGGACACCAAGACGGCAAAAUCCGCGUCUGGAAGGUGUCCCAGAAGAACUCAAGUGACCACAAACGAGCUGGUACAUUGCCAACACUCAAAGACAUUUUCAAAAGCUCCAUUAACCCCAGCAAUUACGUGGAGGGACGAGGGCGUAGAAGGGCUCUGUGGAUCAAGCACUCUGAUGCAGUGUCUUGUUUGAGCCUCACUGAGGACAAGCUCCUCUUAUACUCUGCUUCGUGGGACAGAACACUGAAGGUGUGGAGAAUUGCAGAUUCCAAGUGCUUGGAAUCACUGAAUGUGCACGACGAUGCGGUGAAUUCGGUGGUGGCGAGCGUCGAGGGGCUGGUGUUCACAGGUUCGGCGGACGGGACGGUGAAGGUGUGGAAAAGGGAGGCCAAAGGGAAGGCCACAAAGCACACUCUGGUGGAGUCGUUGCUGAAGCAAGAGUGUGCAGUGACGGCGCUGGCAGUGACGGCGGACGGAUCCGUCGUGUACUGUGGGUCUUCUGAUGGGAUGGUGAAUUUCUGGGAGAGGAAAGAGAAGUUGACACACGGUGGUGUUAUGAAAGGGCACAAGCUGACUGUGCUGUGCCUGGUAGCGGUGGAGAGCAUGGUGUUCAGUGGCUCCGCCGAUAAGACCAUAUGCGUGUGGAGAAGAGAAGGGUCAACCCACACAUGUCUGACGGUGCUGACGGGACACACUGGGCCGGUGAAGUGCUUGGCAGUGGAGGAGGACAGUGAGUCCUCGAAGGCUGGGGAGAAGCAGUGGAUAGUGUACAGUGGGAGCCUCGACAAGUCCAUUAAGGUGUGGCGUGUGCCUGAGAUGACGAUGGAUAGGAAUGCGGUGGCGAUGAUGCAGCAGCAGUUUGGGAGUGACGCGGACUCGGUGCCAUCGGAUAGAAGCUUCACCUCUUCUAGAGAACCCAGCAUAAGCAAACGGUCGUGA